UUGGUGUGAGGCAUUGCGAUAAAGGUGCAAUCUCGCCUGCGGGAUUUGCACAGUCAGGCCGUUAAACUGAACAUCGCUGUCAUCAUAGCAAGCAAAGCAAACUUCACCAUGUCCCCCCCCCCCCCCCUACUAAAGCAAUCAUAGGAGAAAUGCAUGGGAGCAGUCAGUCCACGUGUUAAGUAAACUCACAUGUCAGCUGACUGUCAACAUUUGAUUAUUGGCUGCAAUAUGAUGCCUCUGACAAACCCUCUAGUGCAGUUUAUUCUUGUUGCUUUGCAUUCACCACCAGCCUACAGUAGAUUAUCAGGUCUCUCUCUUUUUCUUUUCACAAUUUGGCACAUCAGUGAUUGAACUUCUGAUGCAUUAAAAGUGUUUGUGUUUUGUUUCCUCACAUCAACCGGGGCCCUGAAUGAAUAAACUCUCGGAACAGUUUAUUUUUAAAGUUAACUUUGUUUUGGAAAGGUGUUUUCGGCUCUGCAGUCUGCCUGGACGCAGCACUACACAGCAGAAGGAUAGAGUUCAGCUGUUUGUUUAUGUACUGCAUGCGGGUGGUCAUAGUCUUAUGAUUGACUGUUCUGCAGGGAUGGAUAGAUGCGGGAUGACCUAGUUUCCCCAGAGAGGAGACAGAGCUCAGCAGCACACCUCAGAAGUUGUUUUUUAUUAUUUGUUAUUUUUUUUUUUUUACUUACACAUGCUCACUGUCAAAUGUACUAGACCUCAAAUUAUUUUUAGUGAAUGUCAUUCCAAAACCCUGUCGCACACCUGCCGUCUCCUCAGCGUGACGUAAACGUCCUGUAACUCUACACCCCCUGUUCAACUACAUAAACAGGGGCUUGCUGCUCCAUGUGGAUGUCUUUUAGUUGUCCUCUCUGUCUACUUUGCCUUCACGCUGGAGGCACAAGGAGAGUUCAGAGGGUCUAACCUCGCCGCAGGACAGCUGUCAGUAACAGUCGUCUCAUGGUUCCCUCAAUGUCAGAUCCUGCUGUCAAACCCUCCCUGCUCUGCUUUGCAUUCAGAGCCCCCCUUCUUACCCAAAUCCUCUCCUCACUCUGGUGUCUCUGGCAGACUUCUCAGGAAGCUCUGCUUCAUGGGGGAAACACUCGACAGGCAUUUAGUUCCCCUUCCUGACCUCAUGGAAAUUGUGCUGCCAAACCAACAGCCUCCGAAAGUCUUAAUCUGUACUUUUUGAUCGUGAAAUAAGUCCAUUAAAUACGUUUUAUUACACUCAAGACAUUCAUUUAAAAGUGUGCUAUUUAUUUUCUGAGAGGCUAUUUACAGUUUACUGAUGCUCAAAAAACACAGGGAAUAAACAAACCAUCAGAAACACCUUUUACAAUGAAGCCUAAUCCAUUAACUGCAGCUUCAAAUUAAACAGAAUUGACGUGAAAACAAUGAAAAAUGAAGUUAGCAUUAGUUGACAAAACGGUCUCAUCACAAAGCUCUUUUAGCUGUUUUUGGCGUUUUCAAGCAGAUCACACAAUCUUCCUCUGCAGAUGGUGUUUGCCCAGUUGUCAUAGGAUUAAAGAUGUUUUAUAUUUUCAUUUUCUUUGACAUUUUAGGACCUUCUGUUCAUGUUGCCGCAAACGUCAAGAAUGAACUUUCAAUCUUAGAAUGAUAAUAUUAUGGUUCAAACGGGUUUACAUGCUGUAUAUGUAAUAUAAUAUAUGGAACGAUAGUGUUCUUGUGCAGGUAUGUGGUUUUGAAUGACAUUACAGUUCACAAAAUUACACCAUUUGAUACAUUUAAAUGCUUCAUUUUGGCAGGGCAUUUUAUUGAUUUAAUAUUUAUACUACAUGUGUUAAAUGAAAACAUCUUUCAUGUAACAAAAGAAGCCAGUAAAUACAGUAUGAAGUCAUUAAACCAUGACUGUACUCUGCCUUUGGAAUAUGCUUGGAGGAUGUCCACACAAAAGUAAGCAACCUGUUGACGGAGCGCGGCCAUAUUCCUGCGGCGCGCAGACAGACGAGCGCUCUGCACAGUGCCUGGUUUGUUUUCUGAGGUCAGCUGGUGGAAACGUGUCCAGAGGUCCCUGGCUGCGUCAGGCAGGAUGCCCAGGCUUUCUGAGAAGCAGCCUGGCUCUGCGCUCUGUAUAUUUUCUGUCCUCCACUUCCUCUCCCACAGGCAUCAGAGACACACUCUCCCCUCAGACUUUUAGCUCUCAGUCCUGCUCCCAUUCAGGAAGUCGCAGAGCCUCUGAUGUGCUGCCAAUAACCGACUUUCUAAGGCCAAAGCUGCUUUAGACCGUAUCCUCAUCAUGCAUGAAAAUGAUGGAUGAUUUCAUAUUCAGCCUUCCUUCCAUUCCUCGGCCUUUAUCCAUCAUGAAUCAGCACGCUAAGAGCUACAGCUUUAAAUAUAGCAUACCUAUUACCAUCUGGCCUUGUCUGCCUAAGGGGGUAGAGCUAUUUUCAUUUCAUCCUUUCCCCCCAUAAAACACAUCCAGGUGUUUUCACGUCCUCUUUUUAGUUACAUUCCCAACAUCAUUAGGCAUUGCCGAAUGAAUCAUGUUCUUAACCGUAUUUUUACAAGAGUUUUUUUAACAUGAGGCAGCAGAAGUUGUGGCUGGAAAACCAGCAGCACAAGUCAUUACAGUGGCCCUGUGGAGUUUUGUGUGAUCGGGUCACAUACUUCUGGUUAUGAGGUUGAUUGUUGUUUGCUGAGGUCAUGCUUGGCAUAAUCACAGGAUUAUAUAAGAAUGCUUCAUUUUCCUUCUAGGUGUCUGAGCUGUCUGCUAACACUCAAAAAAAAAAAAAAGCAAUUAAGAUUCGACUGAGAAACCCACUUCAAGUAUAAGACGUGGUAACAAGGGUCAGCUUGUGUUUUUCUUUGUGCACUUAUAAGUUGAAUCCGGGAGUUAAGUUUCCACAUCAUGCGUUGCUGUGUUUCUCACCCUGAACAGCUACCAGAACAAUUCUAUUUGUCUUUCUGUUUCUUUAAACUAAGCAUCCUGUUUGUACUCCCAGUGUGUUUGAGGAUCAGAGAGGCUGAACUGUUCUGACUGGAUUUCUUUUCUUCUUUUUCCCCGUUCCCCGUCAGAAUAAUCAAUUUUCCGAUUGCCUUGGCUGUAUUGUGUGAAGAAACCCAGAACAUGACAUUUAUUUCCACUCGGCGACUCUCCGGCAAAAUGGAAGACUGUGUCCUGCGGCGAGCUGCCAACAGGGCGUACGUGUGAAACUGUUUAAUCUCCGCAUCUAAAUAGUCCACUUGAGUUUUAUAGCAUCGCUGCAUGGCACUGCUGGCCAGGAUUAUCAAUAGCCUUUUGGAAACGGUUUCAGCAGGAUGGCAUUGUGUUUGCAGCAGAAACGUAUUAAUGGUACAUGGAUUGCAUUCAUCAAACAUGCCUAAAUAAAAUCACUUGAGGCAACGAUAGCGGGGACUGUGUUGGAGAUGCUGAGGGAUGCUUGUUGUUGCCCCUCUGCCACUGAUUUAUACUGAGGUUUCUUUGAAGCGUUUGGCCCGGCCUUGUUAAUGUCAAACCCGGUAAAGACUGUUCCUCUAACUGUAGUUGGUAGGAGUUGUGUCUGAGGUGAAUGAGUGGCCGGCCCAGUGUUAUUGUUUCCAGGAUUUGUAGCGGCCUGUAAAACAUCUUUUGCAUUAAAAACACGUCCUGCUGGUGCCGUCGACCUCCAGGUCCUUGGAUCCGAUCAAAGUCCUCACAGUUCAGCCGUGUCCUCAUGAACUGGGAACAUUCCCUUGGGGCCCCACUAGUGAAUGAGUUUUUAGGAUCGGUAACAAUUCACUGAGAUUUUGGACUGGAAUAACGACAAAGUGUCACACAGAAUGGAGACCGAUGGCUACAAUAAGAGGUUAUGUCUUCCUUGGAACAGAUUGUGGACAUGGUGGAACACUCUUUGCAGAGUUAAAAGGACAUGUUUGGAUUAUUCGGUCUGUCCGAAAGCAAAAGUCACGCCUGUAUGCACAUUGAGUGCUAUUGGUCGCUGUAAACGACAUUCCUCGUUUCCUGCAAAAAUCCAGCCACAGCUUAUAUGAGGCAUCAGCGGUCAAAGUUAAUGCAAUCAAGCUUCCAACGUUGCAAGCUGUUUAGUACAAAAUCCCAUCUUUUUGUUACUAUCCCUCUGCUGCAGCUCUGUAAGGAAACACUGUCCAGGAUAACCCCAAGAGGGAUUUGUACUGAAAAGACUGUAGCUCUGAAGGAUAAACACUUGAUUUGUCUAAGUCACACUUCUGAAGCCUCAUGGGCAUAGGCUGAUGUUUACGAUGCAUUUUUUUUUGUUGCUGCUUAGGGCAAUAAAUGUGGAUUUGGUUCUCUCUCUCUCUCUCUCUCUCUCUCUCUCUCUCUCUCUCUAACCUAAGAAGUAAUCGCUUCACAGUUCGUAUGGACAGGAAGAAUGAUUACAGCAAACAAUGUGCACGUCGUAUGAGUCAUAUAUUAAGAGGCGACAAAUCUAAACCUUUGGGCCAGCUCAACAAGCUGAAAACACAUUAUUAUUAUUAUUACCUUAUAACAUUGUGUUGGCAAACAGCUCCCUACACAUCCAGCUGACAGAGAAAUAUUAGCAUCCAGUUGAAGUAGUGGCCACCUGGUGAAUGCAAGUCAAAUAUUCACUCUCUUUUAGCUCUGUUUUGGUCUCAACCGACUCCUGAGAACAGUAUCUGGCUCAUUGGGUGAUGAAAUGCUCUGUUAUGUUCAAAGCUAGAUGCUAAUUACUUUACCUGUUGUUUCAUGCUAGGCUGCUAGCGUUCAGUGGGGCUGUCUGUUUUUUAAACGGCUGCCUGCUGCAUCCAGUGAGAGGGCACCGAGGCAGUAAAGUUGUCGGCCCUAAAACCAAAAAUAGAAGCUGAACAGUUUUAAAGCGCUCUGCAGUGUCGUUUAACAAUUCUCUUGUCGGUUUCAUGCUACAUGCCAUACCUCUCACAUUACACAUCAAUCCUUUGAUCCAUCUAUUCAUACAAAUAUAUCCAUUAGUGCAGCUUUAAGUUAAGCCUUCAGUCAGAAACUCAAACUUGUAUUCAGUUUUGGAUUAAAGAGUCAGAUGAGGUCAUUUCUACAUUCUCAGUAGUUAAGGACAGUGUAUGUUUCACGCCAGUGUUCCAUUUCAGCUCUUAAUGUAUCAACAUACGGAAGCAUGACAACAUGGAAAUGUUUUCUUAUGACCUAAGUUAUUCUAAAAGCUUCAUUUAAUAUAAAGUAGUUUUAAGGAUGAAGUGAUGCGCCAUUAUGAGAAAGAUGUAAGUCCACUUAGACUGUCCAGUCUCAGAUCUUUAUCCAGCCAAUCUCUCUCCUCCAUCAGAAGGAUGAUGUAACACUGACUAUAAAUCACAUGACCACACAUGAGCCACUCAUCUGACCAUCAGGCAGAGGUCACGCCCCUUCAUAACAACCAUGUCAGCUGUCCGUUGUUCCACUUAGGACAAAAAUAAUGUACUGUUCUUUAUGCUCUUUAGCAGAGUGUUUCAUUCUCCUCCUCCCCAGUUUAUGAUUGUUGGGGUCAUAAUGUACAGUGCAGGAGGUUAGCCAGUAUAAUGGCUCUCGGUUUCUUGUCUGGGUCCUCAUGCACACACUCGUCUCAGCCCGUCUCCUCAGGCAUACACUGUUCACUCAGCCUGUCUCGGUUUAAACCCUGCGACAUCCUCAAGGACAUGGUCAUCUUUUGUUAAUUUGUCCUCGUGCUCUGUCGUUCAUUAACCAGCCUCUCUGCUUUACGCUCUGUCUCCGUCUCCCCCUUUUUUUUGAAAUGUUCAGUGAAGAAGGGGUGGGUCAGGGCAAGCUUGUUUAACUGCUGCCGGCUCUACAGCAUUACAAUGUGAAAAGAAUUACGUGGUCCAAGAUUAAAGUCAUUAUGCAUGGUGUGAACAGACAUUUGUUUGCAGUCUUACUUGGCUUUGCCGACUCUGCUUCUGCAGAUUUAUUGAUGGACCCCUUUGGGAGGAUGCGUCACGUUUUAGUUAUUUCACCACUAAUGUGUUAAUUUCCGCUACUUUCAAAUGCGGCCACUUUAUAAAGCAGAUUAAUGAUGUUGGAUUAUGUCGUUAUCGUGGCGCUAAACAUACAAUUACAAUCUAAUUUUGGAACAGCUCACGCAUACUUGGCUAUCACACGAGGGGUUCAUUUCUUAAACUGGCAGCCGAUCAUAUAAAAGUGGUCCAGCAGAAUUAGCCUGUUGAGUCGUGCAACCAAAGUGUAAAAUAAAGGCCAUCUGUGACAAAAUGUGUUACACACAAAGUGCUUGCCGAACCAGCUCGUUAUCCUCUUAGCGGCUCUGAUCCUGGAAAAUUCCCUGUGAUGUACGCCAGAUCGAGGAGUGAUCAUUGACCACACAGUGGUGUUGAUGGAUGACCAUAACUCGACCGCCCAAGACUUGUUUUUGUAAAUGAACCACACAGAACAGACGCAGACGGGUGAUGAUUUCACACCAUUGUUUGACCUUUUGCUCCGAGGCCUCAGUGACCACAGUCGUAUUUUGUUUCAGGGCUUUGUAUCGAACAUUAAUGCUUUUUGAGUAUCAAAAGUUGCCAUUGUCUGCAUGGUCAAAUUCUUAGGUUAUUUCUUUGAUUAAAUCUUUGUCUAAAUCUAGAAACCUUUCCAACUUUAGAAAAUAUAUUGCCUCUAGUCCUAACACUAAGCUAUUGUAACUAAAACUUGUGUAUGAUUUGGCACACAUGUCAAACAUUUUGAAAAGAUACCAACAAAUAUGUUGUGUAUUGUUGGCUUUACUCACUUAUUGACCCAUUGAUUUACACAAAGUAGGUAAAUGGAGAUUUCAUUUGAAAGUCUGUGAAUGCUGAUACAUCGGUUUUAUUCUGAAAGCUAGACUCACCUCAGCUUGUGAGGAAAAUGGAUUGAUUUUAGUGCCCACUCUUGCCAUUCGAGGUAUUGCUAUACUGUGGAAUUGGCUUUGAUUUAGUGUUGUACCUUUUUAAUCAAAUUGCUUUGCAGGACUAUUUGUCCAUCAUAAUGAGGAUUAUAUCAUUAUUUUGCCAGAGUUAGUUCUCCUCUAAGCUGUUUUGCAGAGGGACGGUUGGUUCUGUGUUUGGUACGAUGAUUCCUCUUCUAACUUUCGUCUCUGUCUGUCUUUCCAGACGGAGACUCAUCUCUCAGCGCUCUUCGCUUGAAACGCUAGAGGACAUUGAGGAGAAUGCUCCUCUACGCAGAUGCCGAACCCUAUCGGGUUCCCCCCGACCAAAGAGCUUCAAGAAGAUCCACUUCAUAAAGAACAUGAGGCAACAUGAUAUUCGUAAUGGAAGGAUAGUCCUUAUCAGUGGCAGAAGAUCCUUCUAUAGUGUAUUUUCUGUCCUGCCCUAUCGAGAUUGUAGCCAAGCAGGGGAUGUCAAGCUGGAAGGAGGAGGGCGUCAGCGGCACCCGUCAGGAGGCGUCAGUGCCAAGGAGAUGGUGAUCGGGCUGGAGGGAGUGGAGUUGGGAGCUGAUGGAAAGACUGUGUCCUACACCCAGUUCCUGUAUCCCACCAACGUGCUGGGUGGUCGAAGAAACACCAUCGACUCAACCUCGUCCUUCUCUCAGUCUCGCAACGCCAGCCAUAGAAGCCUCAGUUUGGGCCGAGCCAACAGCAACCAGAGCAGCACAGACACAGGGAAUGAUUUGGGGGACUUCCGCGAUUACGACCCCAAUCUGCUGGAUGACCCGCAGUGGCCUUGUGGAAAACACAAGAGAGUCCUUACCUUCCCCUCCUACAUGACUACGGUCAUUGAAUACGUCAAACCCUCUGACCUCAAGAAGGACAUGAACGAAACCUUCAAGGAGAAAUUCCCCCACAUAAGGCUAACACUAAGCAAGAUUAGGAGUUUGAAAAGGGAGAUAAAAAAGUUGGCCCAGGAUGAAUGUUGCUACGAGGAGCCGACAGUGGCCAUGGCUUUCGUCUACUUUGAAAAACUCGUGCUUCAAGGCAAACUGAACAAGCAGAAUCGCAAACUCUGCACUGGAGCUUGUGUCCUUCUGGCGGCCAAGAUUGGCGGCGAUCUCAAGAAACACGAGGUCAAGCUCCUGAUAGACAAACUGGAAGAGAGGUUCAGAGUGAACCGCAGAGAGCUGAUCGCCUUUGAGUUCCCGGUCCUGGUGGCGUUGGAGUUCAACCUGCACCUGCCAGAACACGAGGUCAUGCCCCACUACAGACGCCUCCUGCAGACCUCCUAGCAUUAGUGACCCAUCAGGAGGACGACCACCAGGUUCUCCUUCUGAUCCUCUGCUUCCCCAUGGUAUCCAUCCUUCCACCUCUCUCUUCCCC